GCGUUCAGUCCUUGCUCCGCCGCCUGGACGUCGUCGUUGCUGCUGCUGCUCUCGCUCGCAGCCGAGCGCCCUCCCGGAGCCCCCCAAAGUCCCUCCAAUCCUCGCUUUUUAUCUCCUCCUUUUGGUCGACAUCUUCCCAGCCCCGGUGGCCCUCGUCCUGCCCAAAAAGCUGCUCCCGAAGAGGCUUCUGGGAGUUUGGGCUCCUUUGACAGCAGGAGGGAGGCGGCCUCCUCGUCCAAGCGCGCCCCCCCGCCCCCCACGUCUUGUCCCCGGGCCCGACCAUGGUGGUCUUCAAGAAGAUCAAGACCCUCGAGGUGGUCUUCAACGACCCCGACAAGGUGUUCUGCAGCGGGGAGAAGGUGACCGGCCGGGUGUUGGUGGAGGUGUGCGAGGUGACCCGGGUCAAGGCCGUGAGGCUGCUGGCCUGCGGAGUGGCCAAGGUCCUGUGGCUCCAAGGCUCCCAGCAGUGCAAGCAGACCAUGGAGUAUCUGCGCUACCAGGACACCCUCCUCCUGGAAGACCCCCACCACGCCGAAGAAGACACCGUCAUCCUGAGACCCGGGAACACCUACGAGUACAAAUUCGGCUUUGAGCUGCCCCAGGGGCCCCUGGGGACCUCGUUCAAGGGCAAGUACGGCCGCGUGGAUUACUGGGUGAAGGCGUACUUGGACCGGCCCGGCCAGCCCACCCAAGAGGUCAAGAGGGGCUUCGAAGUUAUGGACCCCGUGGACGUGAACACCCCCGACUUGAUGGCGCCCGUGUCCGCCAAGAAGGAGAAGAAGGUCUCGUGCCUGUUCAUCCCCGACGGCCGCGUGUCCGUCUCGGCCACGAUCGACCGCAAGGGCUUCUGCGAAGGCGACGAGAUUAACAUCCACGCCGACUUCGAGAACACCUGCUCCCGCAUCGUGGUGCCCAAGGCGGCCAUCGUGGCCCGGCACACCUACCUGGCCAACGGGCAGACCAAGGUGCUGACGCAGAAGCUGUCGUCCGUCCGCGGCAACCACAUCAUCUCGGGCACCUGCGAGUCCUGGCGGGGCAAGAGCCUGCGCGUGCAGAAGAUCAAGCCGUCCAUCCUGGGCUGCCACAUCCUGCGCGUCGAGUAUUCCCUGCUGAUCUACGUCACCGUCCCCGGCUCCAAGAAGGUCAUCCUGGACCUGCCCCUGGUCAUCGGCAGCAAGUCCGGCCUGAGCAGCCGCUCGUCCAGCAUGGCCAGCCAGACCAGCUCCGAGAUGAGCUGGGUCGACCUCAACAUUCCCGACACCCCAGAAGCUCCCCCCUGCUACAUGGACAUCAUUCCGGAAGACCACCGGCUGGAGAGCCCCACCACCCCGCUCCUGGACGACAUGGACGGCUCUCUGGACAGCCCCAUCUUCAUGUACGCGCCCGAGUUCAAGUUCAUGCCCCCGCCCACGUACACCGAGGUGGAUCCCUGCGUGACGAACAACAACGCGCACUGAGCGGGGAGGGGGUCCCCCGGCCCCCGCCGCGCCCCCUCCCCUCGACCCCCAGCGAGGCGAGAAGCAGCGGUCGGAUCCGUUCCUUCGUCCGUCCUCUCGCCGGACCCGCUCUUUACGUCCCCGCACCGGGAGGGAGACGGGACGGGUCGGGCGACGGUCCCGCCCCCGCUUUUCUCCCCACGCCCCGGGUGCGGUCAGAGAGGGUCUCGGUCCGGGCGCCUCCCAGGCACCUCCGCUCCCCUCUGCGCGUUCGCAGGGAGUCGGAGGGAGCGGGGAGCCCCGCCCGGAGCGGAGGAAACCCGGUGAGGUUUCCACAGAAGAGGGGGGUCCCUCCCCCCCCCCCCCCCCGCCCCCGGCACGCCGAAGCCCCCCGGGGGAGGGGGGAGAGGGGGACGAACCGCCCCCGGAGGACUCGAGAGUUGGAGACUCGAUCCCCGAGCGUCCGGUGUCGUCGGCGGAAGGACGCUCCGGGCGUUCUCGGUUAGCGAAAGGAGGUUUCCGUGAGGAGAAGCCAAACUUGUCGUAGCACUUUGGUUUGUUUUCGUUUUCGCCUCUCCCCCGGCGGAGGGUCCCUCCCGAAGGCGGACACUCCGAAGCCGGGGCCGCCGGAGGCCCUGGCCGCCGCCCCGCCACCCCCCACCUCAGACGAGUGUUAAGUCGACUUCAGUGGCCCGUCUCACGGGGAGGUGGCCGCCCGCCAGAUGCAGGCCUCGCACUUUUUUGGUCCCCUUCCUGUGGGCAGCUCGGUCACACUGCCCAGAGACCCCCCCCCACCCCCCACCCGCCCGCGGAGUCAGCGCGGGGAGAGUUGAAGGGGUCGGGUUUUCUACCGUGAACUUCUCUUUUUGUAUGGCAAUGUUCUGUUUUGUACUCGAUAUCAGAUAUUUUUGCCCCUUGUGGGAAAGAUGUUUUUUCUAAGAAAAUAAAAAUAAAGUUUGAAAGGAAAUCUA